CUUUUUCUCCCGCCCGCCACCUAAAAGUCUAUCUGUUCAGUCCAUUAUUGAACCCGUCAAAUUUUCCACGCUGAUAGCGGACGGUCUAUCUCGGGGACGCCGUCUCUUGGUCUGAUCGCAGAGUGACAUCAGGCAAAACAGCUCAUCGCCUGCUACGGUGAAGCGAUGCUGUGGUGAGGACUGUGCCCUUACUCACCCCAACCAUCCCACUUUGGUUAUCUACAGCCUCGAUGGCCGCCACAUGUGGUAUCUUCUCUCCCACUGCAUUUGGAAUUCUACACAGUAAUAUUUGCUUGCGCGGAGGGACACGUCGCUAAGCCGGCGAAGAGUCUCAACAACAAGGGUUGGUGUUGUAGGUUACGUGUCGGUCUUCAGACCCGAGAAACUCUUUUUGUCGUCAUCUUUUCGUUCCCAUUCUCUUAUCUUCCUCGUCCUCGCCUACUUCUCGAACUCGUUGUCUUCCUGCUCCUCGAAGCAACAUCAUCCGCCAUACCAGCUCAAUGUUCGACUCGUUCGAUAUCUACAGUCGGCCGUUGCCGAACCGACGGCAUUCUGGCGACCAGGUCCGACAAUCGAGGCCUAUGGUUUCGAGGCACAACAGUUCGACAUCCAUAAAAUCGGAACCAGGGUUCGUUACCUCGCCAGCCGGCGGAGAGCAUAGUGGAACCAGCUCUCGCGAUAGCCAAGCAUCUCCCAAGCGUCCGAGCCUUGCCAGACUCUUCAGCAAGAGCAAGGAAGACAAAGAAAAGAAAGCGAGCAAACCAGAAAAGCCCAAGAAGAAGCGAAGAAGCAACGAUCCUAUCCUCCUCACUUCGAGACACGCCGCGGCAGUAAGGGCGAAGUUGGCUUCAGAUCCAAAGUAUAGGGACGCGCACAAGGGCCUUUACGUUGUACCGCAGAUGGUCGGGACACAAAAUAGCCAACACUUGACUGCACAGCAACAGGCUAUGCGGCGCCCUCAUUCAGGGCCACCAACACUGUCUCCCGUGAAAGACAGACUCGACGCUGGCACACUCACUCGAAUUAUCAGCGGCGACGAAGUGGAUGAUCUGGACGAGUGGCAACGAACCCGCGAGGAGUGGAAACAGACCAGACUCCCUGAUAUUGGAAUGUUGCAGAUCGUCGAUAGAGGUCCCGAAAGCAGUCACAGUUCCGGUACUGCAACUCCAGAGGACAGAGAACUACGGAGCGGAAGGUCGUCUCCAAUUCCUGGCCAGGCUCAAAGCAAUACCCUAGCCCCCGUGACCGAGGUUCAGCUCGAUGAUGCCAAAUUCAGACCAAAGCCACUGCGACGGCAUACACCGAUUGGUCUGCGGUGGCAGAAAGACGAGAAUGGUGUUUGGAAGAGGUGAUCCAGCACUUACUUCUUGACCAGCAACAAUUUAACACCUCGGCCGUGCGGGUUCCUGCACACCUACCCGUCUUGACUUCUCAAUGGCCAAGCAUGGGACUGCACUACGAUUGACCGCAGGGUCGUUCUCUACUAAACACUGCAACCGCGCUUGAGCUUGAAGUCAACGUGGAUGACCGCUUUGAUCCUGAUAUGCGACGAACGACCUGUGGUGUAAUAAUCGCUCGAACAUGGGAUCACAUUCCUCCCUUCUACAAUUUCCUGCGAGCUGGAGUGUUUUCCGCCGGGGCCUUUUGGCUCCACUUCUCGGGGCCGCAUUUCUCGAGCGAAGAGAGUGGACUCGCCUGUCCCCUGCUGACAUUACGGCGGAGGUCUAUGCCCUACAAAUCCUCUCCGCCCUCCGAUACGGUCAAACUACUGAACGCACACGUACGUUCUCCGUCCGCCGCCGAUAGCGAUUCCUGGAUAUCAUGGAACAGAAAUCCAGGUAUUCGACGACCUUGAAUUCCCGAAACCACUACUUCCUUCCACCACUAUGAAGAGCCGGCUCUUCAACAACCAGACCUGAUCUUCCCAAUACACCCGCGAAGACCUGCACCCGUGACGACGUUUAGAAAUGAGGGAGAUACUGCGAGAUAUGCUACAAGACCUUACAACGAUAGAUGGAUGGACCGCGUUUGAACAUAUACAGUACGGACAUAAUGUUAAUAAUAUGAUGACGCGGAAACUCGAUUAAGAGUAUCUAUUUAGACACUAUACAUAAUAGUACCAAAUUAAUGCAUCCCAAAACUAUAACCAAAGACUACUGACAACCAAACGUUUUGACCUCG